AUGAACGCCAGCAUUUGCCCAGCUUUCCAAAUCACCGUUCCAGUCGCCGAGAACUCUUGCGCCCGUUUUUACGAAAAACAAUCGUACCCAUCGUACAGCCCAGGGUUUACCUGCAGCCCACUCGUAUAUUGCGGCAGGCAGACCGUCAGGAACAUCAGAGUCAUCUCACGGCCAUACAAAGCACGUAUCUCUAAAAAGCGUAGCAACUCUUCCCACGUCCAGCCCCAAAUUUUCUUCUCCGACCGGUCGACAACUCCAUCCGACUAUUGUUCAAGAGUGAGCACUCCAGACUCGAUCCGGUCUGGUCGCCAGCAUCCUUUGAUGCCGCACACUAAUGUAGAUGCUAUCCCCUUUUAUCCUAACAUCUUUUUGGGUGAAUGCGAAAGGUGGAACCUACAUAUCAAAGAAUGA